AUGAAGGAAAGCAGUGGUAUAAUUAAUAAAGUAAUAGACAAUUUACCGUUUGAGUUAAAUUUACCCGGCUAUCAAUUUUGCGGCCCCGGCACUAAACUUCAAAAACGGUUACUCAAAGUCGAUCGUGGGAUAAACAAAUUGGAUAAAGCAUGCAUGCUCCAUGAUAUUGCUUACACUAACAAAGAUUCAAGCGCUCGACAAAAAGCGGAUUUAGAACUUUUGAAAAUGGCUAAGAGGAGGUUGAAAUCAGAAGAUGCUAGGAAAGGAGAAAAAAUUGCCUCAUGGAUAAUCAAAAAUGCGAUGAAAGCGAAAAUUCGGGCGGGGAGCGGUAUAAAAUCAUUUAAGAAGGGGAUAAAGAGAAUACAGUCUCAUUUACCCCGUUGUAUUCCUCUUCCAAAGUGUGGAGGAUUUUUACCACUUAUUCCGAUAUUUGCAGGAUUGUCAACUUUAGAAUCAUUAGCCGGUGGAGCAGAAGCUGUUAAUGAUUCAAAAGCAGCACAAAAGAGUCUUCAGGAAUCUGAAAGACACAACAGAAUGAUGGAAGCCGUUGCUCUAGGAAAAGGAUUAUAUAUUAAACCUCAUAAACAAGGAGCAGAGAAAGAUAGAGCUAUUCCAUUGGCAUUCCGUUCCUGGGACUUAUAUGAAUAUCCAUUGCUACCCAAAAUACGUAAACGUACUUGGUCUAUAAAAACUUCAUCGCAAAUAGAGAAACUACGCUUUGUGGUCAUUGUCUUGCAAACCAACCGCAAAGGUAACGCGAAAUUAUCAAUGGCAGAGUUUGAUCAUUGUCACGUACGAGAUGUAAGAGUCUUUUUAAAUUCAUCAUAUUAUCCUUAUGAGGGGCUGAAUAUCAGUUUUUCAGAAGAUAAGUUUACUUACUACACAUCGCGGCAGAACUCCCGAUACCAUCCACACCAUCUGGAUGAUUGGCGGUCCACCACUGUGAGCCGCAUGCUCGUUUGCCCCCUCUCCUAUAAAAAAAAAAAAAAAAAAAAAAAAAAAAAAAAAAAAACUUUAUUAUACGAUCAGUAUGCGAGAUUUCAACAGUCGUAUCAUGGACGCCGGUCAGAGCCGUUGAUGGAAUUAAAGGAGUUCAGAGACGUGGCUCCAUUAUUUGUAAUUGAUUGUUCAAGACAACACGAAACUUUAAAAGGUUCGAUCGAUGUGAGAGUUGAAAUCGAAACAGACCAAGAAAUACCAGAACAAACAACCACUUAUUGCUUGAUAUUAAACGACUCUAUAUUCGAAUACAAACCACUGAGUAAUAUCGUUAAGAAAAUAUCAUGA